AUGCGUGACAGCUCGAGAAAAACAAUUUUUGUCAAUACUCGUAAAGCGGAACAAAGGUAUAAAGUGUUGAAGUUUAAUGAAGCUAGUCAAGCAGCAGGAUAUUGUGCCAAUAUUUUCGAACGAUAUGAAAAGCGACCAGCAGAGCAUCCCAACUAUGAUUUUAACAAUAUGUGUCUCAUAGAAUUUGCGAUGUUAUUUGAGCCACACUACACAAAACCGCCAGUUAUAAAUGAAGAGAGCAUCGAUACCGAUGCUUAUGCACCGCACGAGCAAACAACAAGAAGGCGUCUUAUAACUUUAACAGACAACACCAAAAUGACUAUUAGAAACACGCCAGCUGUAGUACGGGUACCUAACUUCGUAGCAGCUUCUGAUCCAGAGUCAUAUUAUUACAGUUUACUAAUCCAGUAUAUGCCGUAUCGCAAUGAGGCCGAACUUUUAGGAGAAUUUAAUAGUGCCAGAGAUGCGUUUCUCGCCAACGAAGAAAGUUUAAAACAAACAAAUGCCUACUUGGAAAUAUAUCGUGAACGUGACAGGCAGCUUGAAAAUGCAUUCGCGCAAGUACACGCAUUUCAGAUACUGGAACACGCAGAGCCGAUGGAACUAGACCAUGAAGAAGAAGUUUCUUAUUUGCCAAUGAAUGAAGACCAGUUCUUACAGGCUAAGCAGUCUAUGAAUGCAGGACAAAAGGAAAUUUUUACAUUAGUUACCCAGUCCAUAUAA